AAAACCCUAAUCAAACUCUCAUUAAUAAUAUCGUACCAGCGACGAUUGAAAAUCGUAGAAAGAAUCGAAUAUAUGAUAACAAGUACAAGAAAUAGAAAGUAUCAUCAACAUAAGCAUAUACAAACUCACGCACAAAUAAAAAAGCGAAAAAGAAAAGGGUUUGAAUAGUGGAAGUGGAACUUCUACAUCAGGGAGAACAUAAUGUCGCAAGAGUCUACAUCCACCAUCGAUGGCGAGAUGCCACUGGUGAAUGCGAAGACAAUAUGGAUUGCAAAAGCAUCGUAGCGUACUAGUGUAAGAACUGUAAAUUGCAUGUACAAGAAAUGAACUCAACAGCAUUACAUAAAAUAAUAAAAUUUGUAAUGUGGAUUUUCCUUAACGCAGCAAGAUUUUUUGACUGCGAUUUCUACGAGUGCGGUGCUUUUGCAAUGCAUAGACAAAUCAGGUGGUGCAAUCCUUCAUACUCCAGUACAAAGGGCCGGGUGGGCAGCACCUUUGCUUGCGCGAAAAGACCUUCUCGACGAUCGAGCAGGCGUUUUCGCACAAGGACCUUGCUGGCAAGGUGCUCGAGAAGAAGGAGGAUCCAAAGCGAGCGUACUACUACCGUCUGUUAAUGGAAGCAGAGAUGAACGAGGAUAGCGACGGUACACAGUAUUUUAUGUACUAUGUCGAAGAAAGAAGCCUACUUCCACUGCUCGUUUCCUUUCCUUGUUUCGACUAUUCUUUUUUUUGCCGCACAUUUUUGUUUCGUACGGGUAAUUUUGCUUCUGGUUCUGGCUCAUCCUCAUCCACCUGUCGUAAUCGUUUCAAUUGACAACGACCCCUCCCGCUGCAGAUGACGACAUGUCCGAGUGGUCAGAUGAGGACGAGAACCCGGGGGCUUCGCACGAGCAAGUAGGUAAUCCCUCUGGCAGGCGAAGCGAUCCUACUACGACUUCGGGCAUGAAGCAUGCCGGUCCCUCCCCUGAGGUCGCCCCAUUUGUGACCAAAACCGCGACCGGCUUCUGUCUGGGGCCGAUCCCGGGAGUGAAGCAGCUCAAUCGACAGCAACAGGCGAAACUCCGGGAGGACCGUGCAAAGGAGGCCCAGGAGUUUUACAUGGCACAGAAGAAGAAAAAUGACCUACGGGAGGCGAAGAAAUGUAGCAUUUCCGUUCACACCACAUCUGCAGCUUUUUCGUGCCGUUUAUCUAUGUGCUUGGAUGGAAGUUGCUGUUGUAUCAUGGUUGCUUUUGUUGCACUUGAACUCGCAAUGGAAGUUGUUGCAGUUCGUGAACAUUACAAAAUUAUUUGCAGAUUUCGCGGAAGCGCGGGGUCUUUUAGUCUCCCGCAGUGAACUCCGUGCGGCAUUGGAGAAGAACACGCAAUUUCCGGCUGUGGUGGAGACAAAAGCCAGAUUUGGUCCAGCUUGUUUCAUCGGUGCGGUUCAGUACAGGAAGAAGCUUUUCUCCUGGGCACCGGCCCCGCCCAGCGUCUCCUCGUUGGAGCAACCUAUCAGCACGGGAAAGACGAUGAAAAAGCCCAGCAAGCCGGCAGUCGUGUCCGUCAACAAGAUGGUGCAGAAGGAGCGGAAGCGCGGUGGUUCUCCAUAUCGUGGAGAGAAGAUGAAGGCACUGCGCCAGCGGAUUCGAGAGAAGGAAAUGCAAAACGUCUUCGGGGCACUAUUCGACGACGAGUAAGCAAGCACGACGAGCAGACGUCGUUGUGUUGAAACUUCCGCGACCACACAGAUUCUGCGUCCACCUGCAGCUUCUCGCCACUUACCCGUCCGCACAAUAGUACCGUGCAAUUAAUAUUUCAAAGCACGUCUUCAGGUCUCUGAUCAGAAUCAAAACUCGGAUUAUUUAUCUCAUCUGUCGCAAACUUUCAACAAACUACAGGGAACGCAUCGACAAUUUACAACGGUACUUCCAAUUUAUCAUCAACAUUUGCACAAAAAAUGCAACUUCUACAGAAGGCGAACUGAUACUGAAUAAACUCUACCAGAUGAAGAUUGAAGAUGAGCUACCUGCUGGUUCAGAAAAUAUGACUUUACAGAAUAUUUGUUACCCAUUUUGCAACAACGGAGAUACUGAGAGCUAUCGUCUGAAGUAGCUGAUCUCGGAUUUUCAUUGAAAACCAAACGUAUUUCUAUUUUGCCCGCUAAUUUAAUGAAGAACAGGAAAUGGAGCAACGCAAGCGAAUUCGAAUAUCAUGUAUUUCAAGAAGAGGAGACAAAGCACAACCGACACCGCAGAAUCUUCAAGAAGCUAGGGCAAUAAGCAGCAGUGUGGGCUUGUGUGAAACUACAACAUCAGAAAGUACCAUCAAGAGCACCCGUUUUUAUAUACGUCUAAGGGACUUCGUAAUUGUGCUGGCACGAACACGAACUGCCUACACGCAUCAUCUGCGUUAAAAAGCGAGAACUCUGUUGAACAAUCUCUGUCCAAGUACUCAGACCUGACCGUAAUAAACUGUAACUGUAAUCAACAAAAAUAAAAAAUCAAAAACUAUCACUAUUCCACCAGCCUCCCGUAGCUGUCUUCAUAAGGAC